GCACCGAUCGUCAGUUUGAGUCGGUGCGUACAUUCAAGCGGUCGUCGCGGCAAAGUGCUGUUCAAGUUUCGCGUCCGUUUGCAGUUGUUUUGGAGUGUGUUUUUUCCGUUUCCCCUAUUUUCGCCUAAACAUCUCCCGAAAAUCCCGAAAAAGGUAAUGCAAAAGGUGAACAAGUGUACGAGCGAGCGGUGGUCAGAGCAGAAGGCCGCAGUGUAAAGAACCGUGUAUAAAGGCGCAGUAUGUGAGAUUGAUAGGGUUGAGUGCAUGGGAGACAAGAAAAAAAAAUACAUAAAAUCAGGAUGGAUGGUGGACGGAAUUUAUAAUGUGCGCCAAAAGUUUAAUCUAGCUCCACAUUCCGGCCUUGUUUCAACAACAAAACGUGACGCGUUUUGGCAGAAAAUAUGACGACCAGGGAGCAACGACGGGAAGAAUAUUCGUCCUCGGUACGAGUCAUGUCGCCAUCUCGUUCGCUUACGCCCACAACUCACGGUCAUCAGUUCGAUAAUAGAUUGGAUAAUCUUCUGGAGGACCUGCAGGCAAGUGUUUCCCGUCCGGGAAGCGCACUAGGUCAACCCAUCACCAAUUACUCGUCGUCGCGCGAUGUGCAGUAUUUGCAGCCGUCCAAUGUCACGACGGUUGCCCGCGAGCGAUCUGUCAGUCCCUCCAUCACCACGAACGAACGGAAGGUGUACAAGACGGCCAAGUACGAGUACAAAUCGAGCGGUGGCAGCACACUCCCGGCAGGACGGACGGAUCAGUCUGUUAGUGAGGUGUACCAGCGCAACAUUAAUCAGCUCGACACGCUGCUGAAUGAUCUUGAACGUGAGCGCGACUCAUCGCUCGAUCGCAGUAACAGACAUUUAAACCGUGAUGGUAUCGAUUCUGGAUUACAUGAACCCGGUACGAAGAUCAUCAAGACUACUACCACGUACAGCAGUGCCGGUGGCAAGCAGCAGCCGGUAAACCGAGAGCUGGUGUUCGAUUCACCGAACAGCUACGAGGUACGUCAGUCACGUUCGCGCCAUCGUAGCCCACCGUACGAGAACCAUUCGUCGACGACGGUAAAGAAUGUAUCGUACGGUUCGGACAGCUCCGGCAUCUACGGUGGCAUUAACCGGUCGGCUACACCGCAGCGCUCCAUGACACCGGCACGGUCGGAGGAGUACUACACCGAGACACGUACGAUAUCGCCGAGUUCGGAUUUGGUGCCCCGCAAUGUGCGCUACAAUGAAACCGUACACGUCGAUGACGCGGCCAACGUGCUACACAGUAUUCCCUUGUCGGACGACAUCUUGCCCCGUCCGAACACGAAAGUCACCACGACGGUGCGUACGUACACGUACGAGUUGCCACCGGAUAGUACACCUGGCACACUGAACCAAACCAUCUCGUACACCAAUCAGGCAGUGAAUCAGACCACCAACACACUGCCAGCUCCGGUACCAUAUUCGGAUCAUCCGGUGCAGCAUGUGAACCCAGGCACCAAGACGGUGCUGGUGAAGAAUGAAACCUUCAACACGACCAACAACGUACAGGAGUACCCGGUGUCGACGAUACUCAACCAUCCGCUACCACCGAACACGGCCAAAACCAUCUACUACAAGAAGGACACGAAGCAUUCGACCACGAACUACUAUCCGGAUCAACCGGUUGAACCGGGCUAUCCGGGUAAUUUCCGUGCGAUUGAGGCACCUCCAACGACCGGUGGUCCAGAUGGGCAACCCAUGAAGUACACGGUACAGGAACCGGGAUAUCCGCCCGGUAAUAAUACCACGUACGUGUACCGUGAAGAGCGCACAAACACCAACAAUCGGUACGGAUCGCCUGUCCCCGUUGCGGACAAUCUGUAUCCACAGCCGGGCGGUCCUGGAGGUGUUCCACCACCGACAACGGUGACGUACAAGUACAGCUCAACCACUACUAAUGCGACCCGCAAUCUGUAUCCACCACCGGCGGAACGGGAACCAUUGCUGCAACCGUUCCCAACGGACGGGAUCGAUCGGAAUGACAUCGAUGGCAAUCCUCCACGGCGGCUGGAUGAUCUGAUGGCCACAUUUGGCGAGGAUGGCCAAAUUAUUUACCAGUCGAAAGUCACAUCACAAACCGACAAUGGUACCGGACCGAGGCGAGCAUCACCCGAAAAGAAUGGAACGGGACCGAAACCAAUUGAUGAUACCGUGGAUCAGAAGACAGCUCCAAAUCAGCUGUCAUCGAAAAAUAUUGCCGGCCCACCAGUAUACUAUCCGCCCGGGCAUGAGAUGUUUGCCAAGAAGGAGAUGGAAGCGAGCGGAUGGAGAUCACAGGGCGAAUAUGCGAAGGCUAGCGGGAUGUAUAAAUACGAGGCGGAGAGUAAAUCGAAAAGCUCCAGCAAAUCUGGUGCCGCCGUCGUACCCGUCUGUUUGCCACUGUGUUGUGCGAUGCCCUGCUCUAUCAUGUAGUCCCCGACAGCAGAGCAGCGUUUCUUUAUGUUUUAACCUACAAACUGGAAUAACAAUCAUCUGCGUGUGAGUGUCUGUAUACGAAUGGGAGAAGGACAACGCGCACCAGCAACAAUGUGCCAAUUAACGAUAUUAUAUUUGUCUGUUAUGCUACGUCGCGGCAAUGACUAUUACUACACCGUUUAUACACCUCCUUACUGUUUUUUUACUCUAGAAAACUAAUAAAGCGAAAAACCAAUUUACAAAACUCAACACAAGAGAAUAAUUUAACUAAAACCUAUUUAAAAAAAAUCGUUUUCUAGAAAUGAAAUUGCUAUCCUUUAUGUGAAACGAUAUUGCUAACUAAAUUACAUAAAUAAAUGCGCCUAGAGGUAGGCAAGUUUUACAAAUAUUAUCGCUGUAUGAAGCGAUCGUACAAACAUG